AUGCUUGAAGUGCACCCAAAUCUCAGAGCCCUGGCCCAGCCAGGCCCAGCGCAACGAAGAAGGCAGGAGGUGUGCGUCAACUGGUCGUCGAUGGCCCUGACGCCGAGCGACGUGGUCUGCGGCGUGUGCCAGAGCCACGAGCAUGCGGAACCAACCGCCUGCUUCUGGUCGUGCUCUGCCAAUGACUGCGGAUGGCGGUACUGGCAUGAUACUUGUCUCAACGACUGGCUCAACUCCGAGUCGGAUAAGGGGGGCUGUUUUGGGUUCGGCUGUCCCGCCUGCGGCGCUGGCUGGCGCUUGAUCAGUGAGCGCGGGGUAGAGCUGGAGCUGGCGCAGCAGCCGCAGCAGCCGCAGCCGGAAGGGCCGAUGGAUUGGGUCUGUCAGGGUAUUGAGGACUGUGUGCAGCAGCCAGAGCAGCAGAAUAAUCCCAACUACUGGGGUAAUGAGAUCUUGAUGCAGCAGCAGCAGCAGCUACCGCAGGAGCAGACGAAUUUGGUAAGUGGGUGUAGGGUUUCCCUGGAGCAGAGCCUUCUUGCCAGUGAGUAUACUCCUCCCCUGAAGCAAAAGACCAUCUCUCUUGUCGAUGAAUGCAGUGAUCGCCACAAGCAGCCGCAGGAGAAGCCGAGUGGUGUGGUCACUCAAUGCGCUGCUCAGCAGGAGCAGCAGAAGGCGCCGACGUCAAAGAGCGCACCCAACGACUUGAAUUCAAUGGAUCAAUACGCUCGCUAUACCAAGGAUGAUAUAGGGUUCAAAUGUGCCUGCGAGGUGGACGGAGUGCGGUGUGGUCGCAGGUAUAUGUCAAGGGAAGGUAUCUUCCUUCAUUGCAAGGAGUGGCAUUCAGGUGUUUACAAAUGCCCGGACUGCGUAUAUGCGUCCAAUAGGAAAGUUUCCCUACAAAGUCAUAUGCGCAAAACGCAUCCUGCCCGAAUCCAACCAUCGAGUUGA